CAAUCUGUACAGUUUAUUUCCAAAUGUAAACAAACAACAAACCGUGAAUUCCGUGAAAUGGACGUGAACUGUGCGGUCUGAUUUUUCCUUUAUAGUUUCGAAAAAGACUAGGCGUUCCAUAGCUGAGAAAAGUCGUCACACGCUAAAAAGCGCUUCACAAUUUGCAAACCGAAUGGGUGCUUUCCAGUGGCCGUGGGAAUAUUCGUUUCCACCGUUUUUCACAGUGCAGGUGCAUGCAAAAACAAAGGAACAACAGUUAGCCACCUGGAAGGAAUUGGUGCUGAACUAUCAGAAACAUGAGCGCCAGGCGUUGCUGAACAUCGCGGAAGACACACCGCUCUUUGUGAACCAGGUGCUCGGACGUAAGUUGCCACCAGAGGCACGGUUGUGGGUGAUGGAAGAGCUUGCCAAGACGGGGCACGCUGCCACGACCGACAAACGGAAGCAGCAGUGGGAAGUUUACUGGCAUACGCUGGACGAAUGGAGCGCUAUACUGUACGAUUGGGCCGCUGGGAGCGGAACAACAAACACGGUUUGCACGCUGUACGAACUGGUGGCGGGUGAUAAUACGAUUGGGGAGGAAUUCUACGGGUUGGACGAAGGUGUUCUCAGGAAGGCACUAAAAAUUCUCGAAGCACGAAGCAGAUGUGAGCUGAUUGCGUUUGACGAAAACGAGGGAGUGAAGUUUUUCUGAAAACCAACUGUAAACCAGAUGUGAUCCUUGAACAGAAUACGGUGGAAGAACUGGAAUGGGGAGUUCCGUUUUGUUUCGUUCGGAAAAUUCCCAAAUAUAAAACAACCGACCCACAA